AAAGCUUAACCCUAGAUAUAAAGAGCUAUGCAAAGUUAGAAAAACGAAAGAGAGCUGCAGGUUGUUCCAGGAAGGGUUUUUUACUACAGAUUCAAAUCAGGAACGUGGCCGAAGUACUGAAAACUCAUUAAAUGAUGGAGGAUGAGCUGGAUAAUGACUUCCCUCUUGACUAUUCUGGUGGCCUAGAAGAAUAUCAUAAUGAGACGGAUGAUGAAAUUGUAGGAGUAGAGGUGUCCACUGACUGCCAUCUCCAAGGUCAACGCUAUCCCGGACACAGGUUCUUUGUUAUGUAUCAUGGCACUACAUGGGAAAAUGCUUCAAAGAUCCAACGCGGAGGCUUUGUCCCUUCUUUAGAUGGCAUGCUGGGCCGUGGGGUGUAUUUAAGCCGUGAUUUUAACAAAGCUGCUAAAUAUCCAUUUCAUAACCGAAACCAGGCUCUGGCAGUCAUCCAGGUGAAUGUGCGAGUGGGUAAAGUGAAGAUGAUCGAUUAUCAAGGCCAUCCCCUGCAGAAGACGUGGCAUCAGCAUGGCUAUGACACAGCCUGGGUGCCGCCAAACUGCGGAAUGGUGGCUUCCGGGUUAGAGGAGGACUGCGUUUACGAUCCGUCGCGAAUCCAAGUCUUGCAGAUCCUUCCAAAUACAGCUAUAGAUUGUUCCAGGAAAGAUUUUACCUGUGGUAAAGGUAAAAAGUUUGAUUUUAUUAGGAACAUGGCUGAAAGCUCGAAAACUCAUGAGAAGACAGAGGAUGAACUGGAUGAUGACUUCCAGCUUGGCUAUUCGGGUGGCCUAGAAGAAUGUCCUAACGAGGAUGAUGACGACGAUCUUAUAAGCGAAGGAGCAGAGGUGUCCGCUGACUGCCAUGGUCACCGUCAACACCGGUCACACCAUCACAAACACAGGUCCUAUGUUAUGUAUCAUGGCACUACAUGGGAAAAUGCUGUAAAGAUCCAACGCGGAGGCUUCAUCCCUUCUUUAAGUGGCAUGCUGGGCCGUGGGGUGUAUUUGAGCCGUGAUUUUAACAAAGCGGCUAAAUAUCCGUUGAAACAACGAAACCAGGCUCUGGCGGUCAUCCAGGUGAAAGUGCGAGUUGGUAAAGUGAAAAGGAUCGAUUAUCGAGGCCAUCCCUUGCAGAAGACGUGGCAUCAGCAUGGUUAUAACACAGCCUGGGUACCGCCGAACUGCGGAAUGGUGGCUUCCGGGUUAGAGGAGGACUGCGUGUACAAUCCGUCACGAAUCAAAGUCCUGCAGAUCCUUCCAAAUUAGCGACAAUGAUCCCCCUGAUGUAUUAUCUUUGAGUGCAUAGAUGUAGCUUGUACGAGACGUUGUUGUACGGAUAUGUUCUUGUACCAUGAGAUGUAUCAGUAAAUGUUAAAUAUAGCAUUUGGUUGUUUAUUGUCAUUUUAUUAAGAUUGGAAGCUACUGUGCAAAACUGACUGUUCUUGACUUCCCAUGUGACCUCAAAGGGCCCUUUUCACUUUCUGAGAGAUAUACAGUAUAAUGUAGGUCAGGGUUGGGCAGCUGGUGGCCAUGAACAUGUCAGUCUGAUCACUGAAAAAUAAAAAAAAGUCUGCUUUUACAUUAGUUUGUUUAUUCUCCAACCAGCAGAGGGUGCAAGUAUAUGUCAAUCACCAUAGUAAUUAAAACAUUGUAGAAUAUCGCACUAUGGAGAACGUUCACCAAGAUGAGUAAAUAGAAAAGAGAAAUUGACAGAGAAAAACAUGUUUUUCAGGCAAUAACAAUUGUGCAUUAGCAGAAGAAGCCACAGGUUUUU